AUGAACAAGGCAGUGAUUGAUUCUACCGAAGGCUGUAAGACAACGACCGAAAAAGUCGAUAAACUAAUUUCUAACACAAUUGCAUUUAUGGAAGCUUACCAAUCCACCUACAACACCAACACCGUUUCUAUCACGAAACUUCAAGAUGAUUUGGCGGUGGAGAGUAAGGUCAUGGAUGCUCUCGCUGUGAAGAUAGAGAAGGUCAAAGUGUUGGGUCUCAAACUAGAAAAUGCUGAGAAAAAGGUCAAGGAUCUGUUAUUUGAAAAGGCAGUUGUACGAAGCUGCAUUUUAGAGGUUACAAUAUUACUUUCAGUUAUCAUUGAGACCAGGGACCCAAUGAUUACCAUCACAGUCUGGAAGCAUUUAGCUGAAAAGUUAUGUCCUGUAUUUGCUAUGCUUCAACGCCUGCAGGGUGUUUCACCUCAUAACUCUUAUUCAAAACAAGGGGGAGAAGGUGGAUCUGGAGUGUCAAGAAACAAACCUCCCAAAGACCCAACCAAACCCAUUGUCAAGACAGAACCUAAGGGCAAGGAAAAACCGAUUGGUGAAGAUCCCAUAAUUAACAAUGACGAAGAAGAAGAACCUGAUGAAGCUGAACUUAAAAGGCGGAAGUCUCGUGAUGCAAAGUUGAAUGAAAAUCAAUGUGUCGUCAAGGAGACUGAGGAGAAAGAAAAAGCCGAAAAAGAAGCUCAAUCCACACUCAAAAGAAAAAUGCUCUUCUUUACCAAGUGGACCCUAAAGCGAAUCCAACAUGAUACUGUGGAUUUGACCAGCCAGUAUUGGUUGGAUCUGGUUGCAUCCUUUGAUCUUCAACAUUCUCAAGAUUUGCAGUUGGAUCUACCCAUUACUCCUAAGGCUUUCAGUGAAGCUCCAAAAGACUUUGAAAAACUAAAGCCAGGAUAG